AUGGAGGACAUCUUCGCGCGGCUGCCGGGCAAGUACGCGCAGAGGUGCCGCUGCCUCUCUCGCGGCUGGGCCGCCACGCUCGCCUCCGACGACUUCGUCGACCUCCACCUCCGCCUCUCCAACCGCCAAGGCGGCCCCAGGAUUCUCCUCCUGCAGGACAGGCGCUGGUGCGACGGACGUCCGCCGGUGCUGCAGACAUGCUCGCCGGACCACCCUGUCAGCACAACGACCAUGGAUGUCCCCCGCGCCCUCACGCGCGUCCGCUGUCCGUUCCCUCUCCCGGCGUUCAGGGGCAUUAACGCCCCGUAUAGAGCCCCGGCCAACAUCGCUCCGCGCCUCGUCACGCAGCAGUGUCGCGGCCUCGUUGUCCUCGAAGCUGCCGCUGCACGGGCGCACCACGUGUUCAACCCGUCCACCGGCCAGAUGGCGGUCCUUCCCGAGGGGAGGCCAACAGCCCGUGGUGUCGCCGAUGCGAAGGCUUCCCACAGUUAUGCAAGCUUGGCGCUUGGCUACGACACCAGCACCAAGAAGCACAAAGUUGUGCGCAUCUACUAUCGCGGCUGUGGUGUGGACACACGUCCCUGGCUCGCCGGAUGUGAGGUCUACGUGAUCAACUCCGGAGCGGGGCUUUGGCGGCCGGCAGAGGGCGGUGACCAAGCGAAACCGCCGGGCUGGGUAAAUGCAAAUGAGACAAGUGUCUUUGCGCAAGGACACGUACACUGGUUAGCCAAGCCUAGGCUAAACUCCUGGCGGGAAGAGAUGUUUGUGGUGUCAUUCUCCCUAGACAGUGAGAAGUUUCAGAUUCUGCCACUGCCCUCACCGGUGGAUGGGAAAAUUUUCUAUGAACUUAAGGCAUAUUCGACAGACAUUGGUGGGCAUCUAUGUCUUUUCUGCAGCGAAAGUUUGUACACGCCGACCUGCUAUGACAUCUGGGUACUGCGUGAACAUGAAACAGUGACAUGGGAUCUUCGGCACCGAAUCAACUUGGCGCCAAAAAUCAUUGCGUUCAUGAGGCCCGGGGGAGGGAUCAGGCCCCUCGCCAUUGCUGACAAUGGUCGUCGCAUCGUGCUCAUACAACCAUGGUUCUUGUCGUAUAUACCAGACUUUAGGAUGUGCAUAUACUCUGCUGGAACAGGCCAGAUGGAGGAUCUCAGCUCACUCGCUGAUGAUAACAUGAUCUUCAGACAUGCUGCAGUGUACGAGGAAAGUGUUGCCUCCCCUGGGAAGCCUCAUGAGGACAUCAUCUUCCCCAUGUCACUGGUGCUACUACGACAAGAAACGACUCACAAAGCACUUGCAAGGCUCAAGUGUGUUUGCCGGAGUUGGCGCACCAUGAUCGAGAGCGAUGACUUCCGUGAUACAAGACGAUGGUUGCUUUAA